UACAAAUCUAUUACAUUUGUUGAGCAAGAUGGCAAAUGCUCAAGCCAGCCCCAGAAAAAUGCCUAAGUUAGACCCAGCUGCAGACGUGAAGGCAGACACGAAUGGUGAUUCUCAAGACAUUUUAGAAGAAAUCGAUUCAAUUCAGACCUCAUUAGAUUGUUUAAACGAUCAAGCCAGCGAUGAAAUUCUCAAAGUAGAACAGAAAUACAACAUGCUGAGGAAGCCCCAUUAUAAGAAGAGGAGUGACUUGAUAGCAAAAAUCCCCGAUUUUUGGUUAAAUACUUUUAUGAAUCACCCGCAAAUAGCUGCUUUGUUAGACGAAACUGAUGAGGAGGUGUUGAGGUACAUGACCCAGCUCUCGGUCGAGGAAACAGAGGAUAUUAGGUCUGGCUACAAGAUAAUAUUCGAGUUCAAAACUAAUCCCUUCUUCGAGAACAGUCAGUUGGUUAAAGAAUUCACGAUGUCGGAAUCCGGCGAGAUGGGAACUUCAGAAACUAAAAUCAACUGGAAGCAAGGCAUGGCAUUAACAGAGAAAAGUGGGGAUAAGGGUAAAGAGAAGGUAGGAGGAAAGAGGGAUAAGCCCGGUGAUGACCCUCCUAGCUUCUUCUCCUGGUUCGAGGACAACUCAAUGGGUGGCGACGAAGUUGGAGAAGUGAUCAAGGACGACAUUUGGGCAAACCCGAUGCAAUACUAUUUGGAUCUGGACGAAGAUGAAGAAUUAGAAGAUGAUGAAGACCAAGAUGCUGAAGACGAGGUAGAAGGGGAGGAUGAUGAUGGUGCCGGGGAGGGAGAGGAGGAAGAAUAAAACCUCUUACUUAGACAACUGCUCAGAUAUACUUCCUUUAUUUUGACCGAUUCUGCCGCUCUUAUCCUCCCGCCACAGCUUAUUUGAUCAAAAACUUUAAUCAUGACUUACCAAUUAUACGCCAAAAUUGCAGCCCAAAUACUUUAAAGUGUGAUCAAGUUGAUUUGAUAUAUUGAAUAUUUUAAUUUAAAUGGUUUACCGCCGAUAACUGCAUGUUGUCUAUACGAAUAGCAACAGUAGUUGACCGAAAACAGUCAUUAUUAUUCGUUGUUUUAUGCAUUGAAAAUAUUACAAACCCCUAUUUUUAUCCAUUUCAACUGUUUCCGAGGUGUUUUCCAAAUUUUGACAACGUUGGGAGAAUUGCUUUUAUUAAUGCAUUUGCCAUCAGCAUAAGGGUCAGGAUAACUUCUUGGAGUGCUUGCUCAUUGAGGGUUAAAAUAACUUAUUAUUUGCUGUAAUAUAUUUCGAUACCAACCCUCUUUUAUCAACAUUAUAUUUUGAACAAAA